AUGGUUUCAUUAAAUAUAUAUUUCCUGCCAACCUUAACACAAGUUGAAAUCGAUAAUGACAACCUUGGAAGACAAUUCCGUGCUGGAUUGGUAUCUUCUUCAGUAGGCGGCGUUCAAAAGUUGACAUUGAGAGUUAGAUAUGUUCUGGUGAUAAAUAAUGUGCCACUUCCAGCUGCUGAUGUUGGUAUGUUUUUUGGGGGAUGACAGUGAUUACAAUAGUUAGCUAGGUCGAUCUCGAAAGAAGUCUGAAUAGGGACAACUAUAUAAUCUUCACUUGUGAAGAAAAACUAAAACUCAACAGGAUUCCAUAGAGAGGAACUUCUGGGAAAGUCAUUUUACUUACGCCUGUUUUAAUUAAGUUUCUAUAUAAGUUGUCUGUUUGGUUGCCGGGAUAAAUUUACAUAAUAGUCAAACACUUUGAUACAACAAUUGGUGGCGCUAAAGGAUUUGUUUCAGUUUUGAUGGAUAUGAAAUUUGCAAAACUUUUGCCUUGAAUGCUUUUCGAGUGCACAAUAUUUGAAUGUACCAUUUAUGCACAAAUACUCGAAUUGACUGGCCAAGACGUUCCUUCUUGUUCAUAUAUUGGUUUUGUACUAUUAUUGAAUAAUACUGGUCAAAAUCUGGAGUGACCGAGAUGAUUUUCAAUGGUAUUUUUUGCUUCGUUUGUAAACUGCAACACGAAUCCAGUCCUAAAAGUUUUCAGAUUUGUGAUAAAUCCGGAAUCUUUUGCUCCGGGGGUUACGUUUCCAAAACUUAUAUAUAUUUUCCUAAAAUAUCCUUGAAAAAUCUUAAGCUGUACAUUCUGUCAUAUUAACUAUAAUGCGUUCUCUUUUGUAGCUGAUGUGAAUGAGUGUUCAUCUUCCACACGCUGUGGUGGUGGUCAACGUUGUGUCAACUACCCAGGAAAAUACCGUUGUUAUUGUAACAGUCCACGACAAAUUCGUACUGUGACUGGUCAAUGUAUAA